AUGAGCCAGAGGCAGGUGCUGCAAGUGUUCGAGCAAUACCAAAAAGCCAGGACCCAGUUCGUGCAGAUGGUGGCGGAGUUGGCGACCAGACCCCAAAACAUAGAGACGCUGCAAAACGCGGGUGUAAUGUCUUUGCUGAGGCCUCUUCUUCUGGAUGUGGUCCCGACAAUUCAACAGACUGCAGCUUUGGCUCUUGGGAGACUGGCUAAUUAUAAUGAUGACCUGGCAGAAGCAGUGGUAAAGGGUGACAUUCUUCCACAGCUUGUUUAUUCACUGGCAGAACAGAAUCGUUUUUACAAGAAAGCAGCUGCCUUUGUGUUACGAGCAGUUGGUAAACAUUCUCCUCAGCUAGCUCAGGCAAUAGUUGAUUGUGGAGCACUGGAUACGUUGGUGAUAUGCUUGGAAGAUUUUGACCCUGGAGUCAAAGAGGCUGCAGCCUGGGCACUUGGAUACAUUGCAAGACAUAAUGCAGAACUGUCACAAGCUGUGGUGGAUGCAGGAGCGGUUCCUCUUUUAGUACUCUGUAUCCAAGAGCCAGAAAUUGCUUUGAAAAGGAUUGCUGCGUCGGCCCUCAGUGAUAUUUCAAAGCAUUCUCCAGAGUUAGCACAGACAGUAGUGGAUGCAGGAGCUAUUGCUCACUUAGCCCAGAUGAUCCUGAAUCCUGAUGCUAAAUUGAAGCGUCAAAUCCUUUCAGCUCUCAGUCAGAUAGCAAAACAUUCUGUGGAUCUGGCAGAAAUGGUGGUUGAAGCAGAGAUUUUUCCAGUUGUACUUACCUGUCUGAAGGACAAAGAUGAAUACGUGAAGAAGAAUGCUUCUACUUUAAUUAGAGAGGUUGCAAAACAUACACCAGAGCUUUCACAGCUGAUAGUUAAUGCAGGAGGAGUUGCUGCUGUGAUUGAUUGUAUUGGGUCCUGUAAAGGAAAUAUAAGGCUGCCUGGUAUCAUGAUGCUUGGUUAUGUAGCAGCUCACUCUGAGAACCUGGCAAUGGCAGUGAUCAUUUCCAAGGGUGUACCCCAGUUGUCAGUCUGCUUGUCGGAAGAACCAGAAGAUCAUAUUAAGGCUGCUGCUGCUUGGGCCUUAGGACAGAUUGGGAGACACACUCCUGAACAUGCACGGGCUGUUGCAGUGACAAAUACAUUGCCAGUUCUACUUUCUUUGUACAUGUCAACAGAAAGUUCUGAGGAUCUUCAAGUGAAAAGUAAAAAAGCGAUAAAGAAUAUCCUACAAAAAUGCACCUAUCUACCAGCUCUUGAACCAUUUCUAUAUGAUGCUCCUCCCAAUAUUCUGAAGCAUGUGGUUGGACAGUUCAGUAAGGUGCUGCCACAUGAUAGCAAAGCUCGACGACUGUUUGUAACAAGUGGUGGACUUAAAAAGGUUCAGGAGAUUAGAGCAGAACCUGGAUCUCUCCUUCAAGAAUACAUCAACAGUAUUAAUAAUUGUUACCCAGAGGAAAUAGUAAGGUAUUAUUCCCCUGGAUAUUCAGAUACACUUCUGCAGAGGGUGGACAGCUAUCAACCACUUAUUAAAUAAGCAACAUUAUGUUUUUAUACUCAAAUUCACAGUAGAACUUUUAUGAAUAACGAUUGUUAAAGUUCUUUCUAAAUAUUUGAGAUAAAUACAUUCUAGAUUUAUUCAAUAUGAAAUACAUUUAAGUAAUAUUUUCUAAGUUUAUAGAAUACUUUAAAAAUUAGUAACUUCACUAUCUGAGAAACUAUACAUGGCCAUUUGCAUGCAUAGAAUUUGCUCUAAAGGUAGAUUUUUACAAAACACUAAUGAUUUUUAAGGGAUUUGUUAUUGUUCUAGUAAAAAAAUCACACAUACACACACACACCCUUCAAUGAGAUGUAGAUGAGAAAUAGAGUUCAAAAAAUCCUUAGUUACUAAGGCCAGUUGCUUCUAUGCAUAGCAGAAUCAGCCUUGUAAAUUCCACAGUAGGAUAUAGAGGGAGAUAGUUGAAAGAAGAAACUGAUGACAGGGAUACAGGGCACAUGAAGUAGACUUUGGUGCUGGCUAUAUAAAUGCAUGAACCUACACAUAGAAUCUGUGGGAAAAUUGUUUGAUUUUCCUAAGAACUUAGGAAGACCUUACUCAUUAUUACAAGUUUUCUAUGCAUUCUUCAUCUUCCUCUACAUUUUCCUUUCUGUUCAUGAGACUGGAGAGGGUAGAAGUCAGCAUUAAGCAUUAUAUUAUUGCACACACGCUUCCCAUUUUCAUUGAAAGGUUUCUCAGACUGGCUUUGUUCAUGAAUAAACAAGGAAGCAGCCAUUUAAAGUCCUCAGCAUUCCCUUGUCCUAGCUUCACUUCCCAAAAUUGAAAAGUCAUAUUCUCAGGGAUUUAAGGAAGUAGUUGAAAAGCAUUCCAUCAGACUCAGACCUUACAUGCAUGUUCACUUGGGAAACUGGAGGUAGAGGAGAAUUUCAAUAAAAUUUUAAAUAAAAACAGC